UCUUCGCUUGGGAUUAAAGCAAACACCGCGCAGGCUAACAAGGCCUCUAUAAUGAUUGUAUAAGAAAUAAAAAAUGGUAGCCGAUCUAAGUUGAUAAAAAUGGAUUUCAAGGAAAUAAUAUUGCUGCUAUGUCUGAUCCUAACGUUGGCCAAGGCAACACACAAAGAUAACCGAGGUGGUUCAAAUGAAACCCUAAGCACUUGGUCACCGUCGGGCGUGGAUCUGGAGGAUGAAGACGACGAGGAGGUACAGAAACGAGCUAAAGCUCAAGGUUGGUCAUCGUGGACGGAAUGGUCAACCUGUUCGCGUUCGUGUGACGGUGGCGUUGCGUACCAGCUGCGCCGGUGUCACGCACCCCACGGCUGCAAGGGCGAUGCGGUGCGGUACAAAAUCUGCAACAUGCAGCCCUGCCCGGAGCAGCAGGAUUUCCGCGCCCACCAGUGCUCGGCGUACGACGACGUGCCGUACGAUGGUGCCCUGCUGAAGUGGACCCCGCACUACGACUACUCCGAACCGUGUGCCCUCACCUGCCGGGGCCGACCACAGCACCUGCUGGAGGAUAUGCCCGAUUCGGCCGGUGCCAGCGAGUCCUUUCCCAUCAGUGACGACGAACCGAGCGUCAUCGUGCAGCUCUCCAAUCGAGUGCAGGACGGUACCAGAUGUCGCCCGGGCAGUCUCGACAUGUGCAUCCAGGGAAAGUGUCAGCGCGUCGGAUGCGACCUCAAGAUUGGUUCUACGAAGAAGAUCGAUGUGUGCGGUGUCUGCGGAGGCGAUGGGACGUCCUGUACGCAACCGCUCUACCAGUGGGAGAUAGCCCCGAUGUCGCUGUGUUCCGUAACCUGCGGCGGUGGUUACAAAAUGGCCAUGCCAACCUGCCGGAAUCGAGUGACCGGAGUGGACGUGGAAGAGUCACUCUGCAAUGCUUCCUCCCGGCCGGAACCGACAGUCGUACAAUGCAACACCCAUCUCUGUCCCCCGAAAUGGGUGACAGAUGACUGGCGACCGUGUUCGAAACACUGCGGCGGUGGCAUCCGGGAGCGGGUGGUCGUUUGUGCGGAGGAAAGCAAUGGCGCCAAGAACAAAGUGCCGGACGAGGCGUGCCGAGGAGUGAGACCGAAAAAUCAGGAACCCUGCAACGUGCAAGAGUGCCCGAAGUGGGUCGUUGGCGAAUGGAGUGGGUGUUCCGUGUCGUGUGGCAGCGGUAUUCAGGUGCGCAGUGUAGAAUGCAUGGACACAAACGGCCAUUACAGUGCGCAGUGCGAUCCGGGAGCGAAACCACUGACCGGACAGCCAUGCACCACAGGAAUCAUCUGUAACGCGGGUUCGGUUUCAUCUGGGCUGAGCAAUGGCGGUGGUUCCAUUACGGGCACCACGGUUUCCGGCAAUUCCAAUGCCGGCAUCAUCGCGGUACCACCUUCGUCCGCGUCCGACUUCGAAGGGCCCCCGGUGGGUGGGGACGGUGAAACGGAUCGGGCUAGCAUUGCCGCCAUGAUGAAGGAAAAGGCAUCGAUGCAUCACGAGCGUGAUCCAACGCUGAUGACGUACAACGAUCAGCCGUACUAUGCGCAACCGUUGCGGCAGGACCGGCUACCCAAGGCGGAGAAAAUUGUUUCCCAGCGGGUGCCAAGCGAAGCCACCUUCAUUCAGGACACCGAAUGGUCACCGUGCAGCGUGACGUGCGGCGAAGGGAUCCGCCGGAAGCCGUUCCGGUGCAAGAUUUUCCUCGAAUUUUCCAAGCGCGUCGCGGUGCUAAACGAUUCGCUCUGUCACGCCUACAAACCGCUGGACGAGGUGGAACGUUGCGUCAUGGAACCGUGCUCGUACUCGCACAAUUUCGAGGACACCUAUCUCAAGGAUGGUAAUCGGCAGAGCUUGGAAAACAUCAAGGUACACGUGUCCGUACCGGGCAAGACGUACUCGUGGCGGGAGGAAGGCUACACCAGCUGCAGCGCGUCCUGUUUGGGCGGUGUCGAGGAGCUAAUAAUCAACUGCGUGCGGGACGACACGAGCAAGAUCGUGUCACCGUUCCUAUGUUCGCCCGAAACGAAACCCGAGGCACGGAUCCGCACGUGUAACGACAUCCCGUGUCCGCCGCGGUGGAAUUAUUCCGAGUUUACGCCCUGCUCCAAGUCGUGCGGGUUUGGCAUACAAACGCGUGAGGUAACGUGCAUCCACGAGGUGACGCGUGGCGGCGAAAACACGAUGAUCGUCCCGAACAGCAUGUGCACCACGAAACCGCAACCGGACCGCCAGUACUGCAACAUUAUUGACUGUCCCGUCCGGUGGGAAGUGUCCGAGUGGAGCAAGUGUUCCAAAUCAUGCGGUGGAGGGUUCAAAGAGCGACGUGUCGAAUGCAAACAGAUCAUGGCCCAGGAGCACAAAGUCGAACGACCGGCCUCGAUGUGUCCGAGCAGUAAGCCACCGGAUAAGAAACCUUGCAACACGAAAGCGUGCGCCCCGGAGGACCAGCGUCCACCGAUCGCCGGUACCAAUUCGACCUUCAUCCAGCACGAUCCGAAGAAGAACAAAAUCACGCUGAAGAUCGGUGGCGCAGCGACCGUCUUCUACGGCACGCAGGUUAAAAUUAAGUGCCCGGUAAAGCGCUUCAAUCGAACGAAAAUCCGCUGGACGAAGGAUCAGCAACCGCUGCUGAAAACGAAAAAGAUCAAAAUGUCCAAGAAGGGUGCACUGCGCAUACUGGACGUGACGUUCCGGGAGGCUGGCAUCUACACGUGCCACGCUGGUUUGAGCCAUGCGGAUCUGAAGCUAGCCGUGAAGGCAAAACCGGGUGGAGAAAAUCAACCGAACGAGGAGCAUGAUCGACAUCGGGGUGCGGAUCCGAAUGCACUGUUAGCGAACUCGUACGCAAUGGCGAAUGGAAAUGAGGAUGAAAAGAGUGGGAGAAAGAAUCGUGAUCGAAAUCGGGGGAGAAAUCGACAACGGCAGCAACAGGACACACUUCUAACCGAGCAUGGUGAAGGAACGGAGGAUGAGGAACCGCUGCGGUCACACUCACAAAUGACCGUGUCCGGCAGUACGGUGCCGUCGGAUGCGUCGGCCGCGGCCAGUUCCGGCACCCGUACAUUACCAUUGCCCCAUUUCCAGCACCUACUGGCCGGUCUACAGCUUCUUUGGCCAUUUCAGACUUUCAGCAACAGUAAGAACGCGGGACAGUAUCAGUAUCUUUCCGAGCACGGGUACGAUCCUUUUGAUGGUUCGAUCGGGCGUGAUGGUCCGGAGGACGAAGAACCGCCCCGUCCAUUGAACGUUUAUCAGCUGCUAAAGUCGCGCCACACCAGCGAAUCGGUGGACGAACCGAUGAUACACGAUGGCCAAGCGACGGAGGGCUACGAGUUCGAAUGGAUGACGACACCCUGGUCCGAAUGCUCCCAAACAUGUGGUGCCAAUGGGGGUGGAUAUAAGCUUCGUUCCGCGCACUGUAUGCUGCGGAUGAGCAAUGCGAGCCGUACGGUGGACAACAGCUUCUGCGAAGAUGCAGGGCUGCACGUGCCGGAAACGGUGGACAAGUGUGGCAACAUCGACUGUCCACGGUGGGUGACGACGGAUUGGAGCGCUUGUCAGCAGUCCAAGUGCUUCUCGUGGCAUACGGCACUACAGCGGCGCGACGUGUUCUGCCAGUUUGACGGGGAGCGCAGCGAUGAGAAGGUGUGCGAGGAUCAGGAAAAACCUGUCACCAAGCAGGAAUGUUACAACGAGCUGUGUAAGGGUGUUUGGCGCGUCGAACAAUGGUCGGACUGUAAUGCAGCUUGCGAAGGACAAGGCAUCAAAUACAGGAUACUGCAGUGCGUCUGGUACGGGACGAAAAAACCGGCGGGCAAUGCGUGCCGUGAACUGCCACGGCCAGCCGUCAUGAAAGUUUGUAAAGGACCACCGUGUAUUUCGAAUCUUUCGGAGUGCAAGGACUUGUCCAGGUACUGUAGAAACGUGAAAAGCAUGGGCCUUUGCAGACUGCACCGUUACCAGCAACAGUGUUGCAAGACUUGUAGGUUUAAUAUUUACCACUAA